CCUCCGCGGCUCAGAGCGGUUCUCCUGCCGGUCCUCCUUCACUCACCAGCGGCUCCAGCAGCGGCUCUGUCACUCUCUCUGUUCUCCUCUCCUCAUCCCGGCGCGGGUGUGUUCUGACCGGCUCCAGCAGCUCCUCCAACGGACCCCUGCGCGGCAGAGAUGGAGCCGCGGGCCGCCUGCUGAUGCCCGGCCGCAGGAUGGAGCCCCGCCCGCCCCGCAGCGCCACCGCCCGGCCGCAGUAUGGAGGAUUCCCGCAACACCAGCGGAUUCCUGCGGGACCACAACUACUCCACCGAAGCUGAUAUCAUCUCUACUGUGGAGUUCAACCCCAGCGGAGAGCUGCUGGCCACCGGAGACAAAGGAGGACGAGUGGUGGUCUUCCAGAGAGAGCAGGAGAGCAAGAACCAGCCUCACAGACGGGGAGAGUAUAAUGUUUACAGCACGUUUCAGAGUCACGAGCCGGAGUUUGACUAUCUGAAGAGUUUAGAAAUCGAGGAGAAGAUCAAUAAGAUUCGCUGGCUUCCUCAGCAGAACGCCGCCUACUUCCUGCUGUCCACCAACGAUAAAACUGUGAAACUGUGGAAGAUCAGUGAGAGAGACAAGCGGCCCGAGGGAUAUAAUCUGAAGGAUGAGGACGGAAGAGUCCGAGAUCCGGCCACUAUCACCACAUUACGGGUGCCGGUGCUGCAGCCGAUGGAUCUGAUGGUGGAGGCUUCAGCGCGAAGGGUUUUCUGCAACGCACACGCAUACCACAUCAACUCCAUCUCCAUCAACAGCGACGGCCAGACCUUCAUGUCCACCGAUGACCUGCGAAUCAACCUGUGGAACCUGGAGGUCACAGACAGCAGCUUCAACAUGGUGGACAUGAAGCCGGUGAAUAUGGAGGAUCUGACGGAGGUGAUCACGAACGCAGAGUUCCACCCCCAGCACUGCAACACCUUCGCCUACAGCAGCAGUAAAGGCUCCAUACGCCUGUGUGACAUGAGGGACGCGGCGCUCUGCGACAAACACUCCAAAUUUUUCGAGGAGCCAGAAGACCCAAGCAAUCGCUCGUUUUUCUCGGAAAUCAUCUCCUCCAUCUCUGAUGUAAAGUUCAGCCACAGCGGCCGCUACCUGAUGACCCGCGACUACCUGACGGUGAAGGUGUGGGAUCUGAAUAUGGAGAGCAAACCGCUGGAGACGUACCAGGUGCAUGAUUACCUGAGAGGUAAACUCUGCUCGCUGUACGAGAACGACUGCAUCUUCGACAAGUUUGAGUGUGUUUGGAACGGAUCCGACAGCGUGAUCAUGACUGGUUCCUACAACAACUUCUUCCGAAUGUUCGACCGCAACACGAAGCGUGAUGUGACUCUGGAGGCGUCGCGGGAGAACAGCAAACCCCGCGCCGUACUGAAGCCGCGCAGAGUGUGUGUGGGAGGAAAACGCCGCAAAGACGAGAUCAGUGUGGACAGCCUGGACUUCAGCAAGAAGAUCCUGCACACCGGCUGGCAUCCGUACGAGAACAUCAUCGCAGUGGCGGCCACCAAUAACCUCUACAUCUUCCAGGACAAGAUCAACUAGCACAGGAGAUGAUGAGGAGCUAACUCUGCGUUAAUCUUCCAUGAACUCCUAUUUAUUUAUACUAUUUAUUACGGUCUUCACUGAAGGGAAAUGCUUGAGUCUUUAAAGGGUUCGUUCACCAAAAAUGGAUAAUUCUGUCAUCAAUUACUCUCCCUCAUGACAAUUCAGUCCUCCAAAUCCUUCAUUUAUCUUCAGAACACAAGACAUUUUAGAUGAAAUGUAAAAGCUCUCUUAUCCUGUUUCCAUACACAUCAUUUUACGCACAUUCUGAAAUGUUGUUGUGCUGAUUGUAAAGGCCUCAGUCAGUCCGUCAUCACAGUGCCUCAGUAUUCUUCUUCUAUUAUUCCCUCCAGAACUGUCUUGAGCAUCUCGUCACCUUAGAAUUACAAGGUUCUCUCUGAGAUUUUGUCAAAAUUGAGUUAUUCACAUACUCUUAUUAAAUGACAACUUAUUUACAUUAUGGGAUGUUUUUUAUAAGUUGUUUACAUUUUAGGAGUUUUUUGUUUUUGAACAAAUAUCACACACGUACUGUUAGCUAUGGAAUGCAAAAACUGUGAAGCUCGAUGUCUCGAAAUCAUUCAGAACGCAGAGAGAACCUUAAAAUUCCAAGGUGACGAUCUGUCUGCGCUCCCGUCUCAUGCCUCCAGGAGCCUCCACACUCACCGUGUUGAUUGCGUUUGGUCUUGGUGUUCUGACUCAUUUAUUAGAGGAGAACAGCACAGUGGAGAAUCCCCUCAGUGCAGCAGCCUCCACUCCUCUCCUGUGCUGGAGCUGAUGCUCUACUGUGAUGGAGAUGCUGAUUUACUCACUACUGAUUUAUGACAUAUUACAGUUUUGCACAUAAAUCCAAGUCAUAUCUUUGGAUGGAAACACAUCUGUAGACAAUCCUGAGAGCCUCAAACUCCAGACAAGACCAAAAACAUUGAGUGUUGUCUUAAGAUCAAACUAGUAUGCCUGUCUUUUGUCUCUUUCCUGCAGGCGCAGGACAUCAACAUGAUGUCAUAUUGACGUUGUACCCCAGUGUUGUGGAGAUUUUGUUUGGAAAUUAAAAUCAGGUUGGCUUCAGAACCCAACGUCAAUGUCCAACCAAAUAUCAACGUCUAAUCAUGGUACAUGUUACACGUUGUUUGUACAUUACCACUAUGACAUCUAUUAGAUGUUGGAUUUUGGUUACUUUCCAACACAACCUAAAAUAAACCAAAUGUAAACGUCAUUUGACAUCGAUAUUGGACGUCCGAAUAACGUUGUCCUUUAAAGACAUUAAAGUUUGGUCACCUGACGUCAUGAUCUAAAUCUAACCUAAUAUUUACCUCUUAUGAUGCUGGGUUAUAAUGGAGUGUGUUUCCAUGUUUGUGUGUAUACAGCUAAUUCUAAUGCCAAUACAUUGUUCUGUUAUGUACAGUAAACACAAACACACACCUUGACCUCACGAGGGAAAGAAGAUAUAAGUAGGCCCAUACGGAAUCAGCAGAUUUUUAGCCCAUCAUUAAUUCUGUUUAUUUACUUGAGUAAAUAUGCGUAAAUCUAUAUUUAUUCA